GGGGUGGAGGUAGAACCCGGAUACCGGAAUUCCACGUUCUUCGGAGCGGGGCUACUGGAGACGGCGGGUGAGAAAACCCGGCGCCCGGAAGCCUUUGCUUUCUUUGACGCAAGGGCUCGGGACGCAGCCGCCGUCGGCCGAGCGCCCGGCGAGGAGCGACCCCAGACGGAGCCUUCGGAGCCCCUCCGCCCCGACGUCUCCAGGUCCCCGAGCCUCGGUCUUCCUCGCCGCCCUACUCGUGGCCAUGGAGUGUCCGCACCUCAGCUCCAGCGUCUGCAUCGCUCCGGACUCAGCUAAGUUCCCCAACGGCUCCCCGUCGUCCUGGUGUUGCAGCGUGUGCCGCUCCAACAAAAGUCCCUGGGUCUGUUUGACUUGUUCAAGUGUCCACUGUGGAAGGUAUGUGAAUGGCCAUGCAAAAAAACAUUAUGAAGAUGCACAAGUACCCUUAACUAAUCAUAAGAAAUCAGAAAAGCAAGAUAAACCUCAGCAUACAGUGUGUAUGGACUGCAGUAGCUACAGUACGUACUGUUAUCGCUGUGAUGAUUUUGUGGUUAAUGACACCAAGCUGGGACUGGUACAGAAAGUCAGAGAACACUUACAGAACUUGGAAAACUCAGCUUUCACAGCUGACAGGCAUAGGAAAAGAAAACUUUUGGAAAACUCAUCACUAAACAGCAAGCUAUUAAAAGUAAAUGGCAGCACCGCUGCCAUCUGUGCCACAGGCCUCCGGAAUCUGGGGAACACAUGUUUCAUGAACGCCAUCCUUCAGUCACUCAGUAACAUUGAGCAGUUUUGCUGUUAUUUCAAAGAACUGCCCGCUGUGGAGCUAAGGAAUGGGAAAACAGCAGGAAGGCGAACAUACCACACCAGGAGCCAAGGGGAUAACAAUGUGUCGUUGGUGGAAGAGUUUAGAAAGACACUCUGUGCUUUAUGGCAAGGUAGCCAGACUGCAUUUAGCCCAGAAUCUUUAUUUUAUGUUGUUUGGAAGAUUAUGCCAAAUUUUAGGGGCUAUCAGCAACAGGAUGCCCAUGAAUUCAUGCGCUACCUUUUGGACCACCUGCACUUGGAACUCCAGGGCGGUUUCAAUGGUGUUUCCCGCUCAGCAAUUCUACAGGAGAAUUCUACCCUAUCUGCAAGUAACAAAUGUUGCAUGAAAGGGAUUUACAAGACAAACUCCCCAAAGACAGAAAGAAAAGAAAAUGGCGCAUCUACGGUUGUCACAGCUAUAUUCGGAGGUAUUCUCCAAAAUGAGGUUAACUGCCUCAUAUGUGGGACAGAAUCUAGAAAGUUUGACCCAUUCUUAGACCUUUCAUUAGAUAUUCCAAGUCAGUUCAGAAAUAAACGCUCUAAGAAUCAAGAAAAUGGACCAGUUUGUUCAUUACGAGAUUGUCUUCGCAGUUUUACUGACCUAGAAGAACUUGACGAGACAGAGUUAUAUAUGUGCCACAGAUGCAAAAAGAAACAAAAAUCUACUAAAAAGUUUUGGAUCCAAAAACUACCCAAGGUGCUAUGCUUACAUUUGAAACGAUUUCAUUGGACUGCAUAUUUAAGAAACAAAGUUGAUACCUAUGUAGAAUUUCCCCUGAGAGGCCUGGACAUGAAAUGCUACUUGCUGGAGCCGGAGAACAGUGGCCCAGAGCACUGCCUGUACGACCUUGCGGCUGUGGUUGUGCACCAUGGUUCCGGGGUUGGUUCUGGACAUUACACGGCCUAUGCAGCUCACGAAGGUCACUGGUUCCACUUCAAUGACAGCACUGUCACACUGACCGACGAAGACACCGUUGUGAAGGCAAAGGCCUACAUCCUUUUCUAUGUGGAACGCCAGGCCAGAGCUGGUGCUUCCUUAUGCUCACGUGCCGAAGGCGGAGGCGUUCCUGGUCGUGAGGCGCCGCGGAGCCGCCUGCUGCCUUCCACAGCCGCCACGGAGACCAGGUUGACUCUCAAGCCAGGAUCAUGUGUGCACGUCAUUGGUGGCCCACGAGAUUUCAGUGACUGCUCAGUAAUCGUUCCUUUUGAUUGUAAAAGAGAACCGGGAGGGCAUUAAGCAGGCCAGGUAACUGCUGCUCUUGGUCUCUCUCAAGGCUGCUGUUUAUCAGCCCGAACUAAAUAAAUUUGUUGGUUCAGUUGUACCUGUACUGCAAAUUCAAGACAUUACUCCUUUGAGUUUUUUUGUUUUGUUCUGUUCUGGGGAUAUUUUUUGCUUGUGUGUGUUCACGGCGAUAGGAGUACAGAAAAGUCCAAAGACGACCAAACACAGUGUUCAAAAAUCCCAGACUGUGCUACAUAGUGCAGAUAUUUAUCCAGUGAGAGGAAACCAGAGCUUCUGCUGCCUUUCGAGCCAGCAUCAGGGUCCCCCCCGGCUCUCGAGCUGGGAAUAACUGCAUGUCCACUUUUGUCUUAUUUCUUGCCUGGCCAUCCGAGGUCGGCCUGCUGACCUCCACCUACACCAUGGGGUCUGCUUCCACAGAAGGAGAUUAAAUCUUUGCUACUGUUGGUUUUUAACAACUCUCACUGGCCUAUCCUGAUAGCAGAGCAAAACUGAAAAUAUUCUCACUUUGAAUGGUUUCUAUUCUUGAGUUUCGUAGUCUUUGUUUUAAAAUUGUUUUCAAGAAAAACAGGUAUAAGCACUAUUAAGAUUGAACUCAAACUGAAAUUUGGAACCAGAAUUGCAUCUAAGGGAGGUAAUUGUGAUUCUGCAAGCGUUCAAGGCCAGUCUGUUGAUGGGAUGGGGGUGGGGGUGGCAGGACUUGCAGAUUAUGUCGCGAGAGAACAGGGCCCCCCUGGCAUCCUCUGGCCCAGGGCCAUGCACCCCUAUCAGCGUAGCUCUUGUUCCAGUCGUGUUUCUUCUCCGUUCUCUCCAAGCUGUUGCGAGGGGCAGAACGUCCUUCAUAUUAAGCCAGCCAGCCGAAAUUUUUGGUAAUCUUGUUUCUUCUAUUAAAAAAAAAAAA